CCGAAUUAACUGAUUAGGGUAGAGCUAUAGUUUAAGUCCAGAAUGGCAUGGGUUGACAAUAUUCAGCAACUCCUUGCAACCCUAUCCUGUAUCCUAGGGAUCGUGUUUACAGUUCUCCUGGUUAUCCUGGAGAUAAGAUCCAGGAUCCGUAUCUCUUAUCAACAUUCAACCAGGGAUUUUCUAGUUUUCUACAUGGUCUUCCUGGAUUUUCUAAAAAUAAUUUUUCAGGGUUUUCCUAUUGUACUGAACCACCAUAUUGAAUCAUGGGUGCUUGGUGCCACUAGCUGUUAUGUUGUCGUCUUCUUUGUCGAGAUUUUGCCUCCGCAGAGCUGUUUCAGUCUUUGCCUACUGUGUGUGUGUGAAUUAAGAGAAGUAUCUCGUCGUAGUAUCCUAGUUCUACUCUGUACUAUUCUUCUAACCCAGAUACUUUACUCAAUACCAAUCCUAAAACAAGCUGAGCAUAAGGACUUCUAUGGCACUCUCCACUGCUUUAUCAAUGAGGAAUGGAGUAAAGAAAUGUCAUAUACCUCGUAUAUACUUGUUUAUGGAAUUAUAUUUCUCCUUCUUCCGACCAUCUUAUUCUCUGUGUUAACCUGCAUUAAUAUAAGGAGAGGAAAGAAAGACCUGUUCCUGAAUAUAGUUGUUUUAAGCUUUCUUCUCGCAAUCAUUCCUCGUCUUGUCGUUGAACUUAUCUGGGUAUUUGAUAAAGAUCUAGCUGGGUUCCAUCAGCUCUGGAUACCUGUUCACUAUUUAUCCAUUUAUAGACUCUGCACUAUUCCUCCUCUUCUCCUUCUUAACCCUUCUGUUCUAGCCAGGUAUAAGGGUCUCCUAGGAAGAGAAGGGUUCAGGUACAGAUAUUGUACAGAAAACCAGACCCUGGUCCCUCUACCCUCGGAGCUAAACCCUGAACCUGAACCUAAACCUGUCCUGGAGCAGGAUUGUGGUAACCAGGAGGAAUCUGAACCUGUUCAAGUGUUGAAAACUGAACCCCGACCGUCAGAUCAGCUUAUCUCCAUUGAUCAAUGAAAACUUUUCUGGUUCAAAUAUUUUGUGAUGAUCAAUAUCAAAUUAAAUCAUAACUAAAUAAAACUCCAUCUUCAACACUUAA